AUGUCCCUCAAGCACAUCCUCAACGACGAUCCGCCACUUCAGCCCCUCCAGCCUCCCGGGCAGCAUGCCCCACCACACGCCAACGGCAACGGCGGGCCCAUGCUCGUCGUCUCCCCCAAGCCCGUCACCCCUCUCUCUCCCAUCUCCCAGUCUCAUUCUCAACGCGACGGCCGCUCGCCUCCGGAUGUCCGCAACGGUGAGCCGGCGCCUGCUCCACGCGAGUACGGUGGCUACCAGCAGCCCCCGGGGGUUUAUCAGGGUGCGCCGCACGGGCAGUGGGAACGCGAGCACUACACCAACGGCGACAGGCUCCAAGCGGAAGACGUCCCCUCGGGCCCCAGCAGCUCGUACCAUGCGGAGCAGGAGGAGAGCGCGACGCCAUCGCCUCGCAUUUCGAACGGGUCGAGGAAAGAGGAGUCGCUCCCCGCCGAAGGGAACGGUCGCGUUUUGAGGAAAAGGAAGCUCCCCGACGACGACGAGGACUACCAUCCUCCGGGCCAGAAGCGGCAACUACGUCGGACUCCUAGGACGCGUCAGCAGCACCGAAAUGAAACCCCGGCAUCGGAGACGGUUGAUGACACGGGCACGGAAGAACAAGUCGAGUCCGCUGAGGAAGACUCGAGGCUCGGGUCGGACUUGGAAGACUGCCCGGAGCUCUGGAUGGCGGAACUUGGUACUUAUGUGAUAGAGACUCACAAAAGGCAGAAGCAGGUGGAUGCGUGGUUCUCGCGAUGGAUAAUCGAACGCGACUCGAUUACCGCGUACCGCAUGUCCCACCACUACAGGGAUAAACUGGCUCGUAUUCCCCCUCCUCCCCCUCCUCCACCGCCUACUAUGCCUAUGAUGGAAGAAGACCACAUCGCCCCAUAUCUCCACGAUGGUGUUCCUUACGAGCCUUCGGUUGGCCCCAAACGGAAAGGGAAGGGCAAGGAUGUCGCGAAGCGUCCCCCACCGACAGCUGCCUCGGACAGCGACGGCGACGUGGAGGUUCCGAUCAGCGCCAUGCGACCCCCGCAGAAGAGAAGGAGGCUGGAGAAAGAGGACGGCGGGGACGACCAGCGUUCUAUCGCGGACGAGUCCGUGGCGGGCGCAUCUCCCGCUAACAAGUUGCUGAAGCGCGGCAAGGGCAAGCAGCGGGAGACAAGUGUAGACAGUGGGGCAUCCGCGACGCCGAAGGUGCGCAGGAAGCCUGGCCCGCGGAGGAAGCACGACAAUCUGCCUCCGCAGACGCAAGAGGCUCUCGGCAUUGGUUCAGCUGCUCCAUCUGUGGCGGGCGACGUGACGCCUGCCGGUUCGCGCCCCCCUUCGCCCACUCUGACUAGCAUCUCCGCAACCGUGUAUGAACUGGACGAGGCUAUCCCUCCUUUGAAGCGCGCACGGAAGGUCGACGACACGUUGAUGAUCAAGCGGGUCAAGAACUUGGAGGAGACACAGCGCAAGGUCUGGAUGAAUAUCGCACGGCGCGACGUUGCCAAGGUAUACAAGUACUAUACCACCGGCCAGCAGAUCCGCCGUGCGCAAACGAGCCGCCUCGCAACUCUUUCGUCCAUCCAAGCUCGGAGACCAUUCCAGAAGACAGCCAAGGCAACCAAGGACGUGCAGACCAAGGCGAAGCGGCUGAUGCGCGAAAUGCUCGUGUUCUGGAAGAAGAACGAAAAGGAAGAGCGCGACGUACGGAAGCGCGAGCAGAAGGAGGCAAUCGACCGCGCCAAGGUCGAGGAGGAGAAGCGCGAGGCGGCCCGACAAGCGAGAAAGCUCGAGUUCCUGAUCAGUCAAACCGAGCUGUACAGUCACUUCGUCGGCAACAAGCUCAAGACCGCUGAGAUCGAAGGAGAAGCUCCUGCAGCUGACGCCCCAACGGGUGCCAACCUUGAGGAUGUCGAAGGCGACAAACUGCAGGAAAUAGACUUCGAUGACGACGAUGAGACCAACAUCUACCGGCAUGCGCGUCAUAACGCACAGGCAGCAAUCUCUGCCGCGAAGAAGAAGGCCCAGGAAUUCGAUACGAACGCUGCCCUCGAGCGCAAGACAAACGAGGCGCUCAAGCUGGCCAAGCGGCAAGCACACAUCAGAGCGGACGAAGACGUAGAACAACCUGGCGGCAAUGGCACUCCUCUUGUCGAUCUUGACUCCGACGAGCUGAACUUCCAGAACCCCACGGGUCUCGGUGAACUCACCAUUGCUCAGCCCAAGAUGCUUAUGGCCACCCUCAAGGAGUACCAAAUCAAGGGCCUUAACUGGUUGGCAACACUGUACGAACAAGGCAUCAACGGCAUCCUUGCAGAUGAGAUGGGUCUCGGAAAAACCGUGCAAUCAAUCUCUCUGCUGGCGUAUCUUGCGGAGACGCACGACAUCUGGGGUCCUUUCCUUGUUGUAUCUCCGGCGUCUACGCUGCACAACUGGCAGCAGGAAAUCACCCGCUUCGUUCCCAAGUUGAAAGCGCUUCCUUACUGGGGCAAUCCGAAAGACCGUGCUACUCUCCGUAAAUUCUGGAGCAAGAAGGAGAUUAGCUAUGAUCAAGAUGCGCCUUUCCACGUCCUCAUCACCAGCUACCAGCUAGUCAUCCAAGACCAGCAAUACUUCCAACGCGUCAAGUGGCAAUAUAUGAUACUGGACGAGGCGCAGAAUAUCAAGAACUCGUCAAGUGCUCGAUGGAAGACUCUCCUAGGGUUCCAGUGCAGGAAUCGACUCCUGCUGACCGGUACUCCGAUCCAGAACUCGAUGCAAGAACUGUGGGCCCUUCUGCACUUCAUUAUGCCCAGUUUGUUCGAUUCACACGACGAGUUCAACGAGUGGUUCUCCAAGGACAUCGAAAACGCUGCGGAGAACAAGGGCAGCAAGCUCAACGAGCAUCAGCUCCGUCGUCUUCACAUGAUCUUGAAGCCGUUCAUGUUGCGUCGUGUCAAGAAGCACGUCCAGAAUGAACUGAGCGAAAAGAUUGAGGAAGACAUUUACGUGGAACUCAGCGCGCGACAGCGGAAUCUGUACAAGGCUCUUCUGGCGAACGUCUCCGUGCAAGAUUUGUUGGAGAAGGCCGCAAAUUUCGGCGACGCGGAGUCCGCUCGCUCCCUCAUGAACCUCGUCAUGCAGUUCCGCAAGGUCUGCAAUCACCCGGAGCUGUUCGAGCGCGCCGAUGUUGUUGCGCCAUACUCGUUCUCGGACUUCGGUCGAUCGGGCCCUCUUAACCGAGAAGGCGACUUUGUUCAGCUGCCGUACUCGACUCGCAACCCGAUCGAGUACACUAUACCCACACUAUUCUUGCAAGAUGGGGGCUUGCUGGACGUCCCUCAAGAGAGCUCGCUUAUGCGGACUGGAAACGGUCCCUUGGCGAAGAUGAUGAACAUUUGGUCUACGGAGCUUCUCUACCGGUCCAUACAGGAAAAUGACUCUGCGUUCUCAUUCUUAAAGUUCAUCGACGUCCCCCCCAGUGACGCAAGCGUCUUCCACUCCUUACCGACAAUAGCACGACAGGUUCACGCUCUACACCUUGAGAAGGCGUCCUCCGAGAACGAGCCAUACAAUCUUGAUCCCAUUUUCGCCGCGAGCGCUGCCUCUAACCCUUACGGCCUCUCUCCUCUGGAGCAUCUCUGCAACUUGGAUGUCGGUACCGAGCUCCCCGCCCUGCGAGAUAUUUCAACGAACACCUGGGCCGCUUCUUGCCUUUCCCGGGCAGACCUUCGAUGGUUCAUGCCACCAGUCGUCGCCCCGCCCAUCUCGGUUUACUGUGCAGAUCGCACAUUCGUGGAGCGACAGGCCCAAAUCGUCGACGCGCCGCAGGAAACGCUAGCUCUCUACGGCAUGCCACAGUACAUGUGGGAUUACGAGCCUGCCCAUGCAUCCUUCGGGGAGCAGGUUGGCGACGUUCCCGUGUCCGGACUUUUGGCCAACUCACCAUCAGAUCAACUGCCACUCUCCUUCAUGCAAAUUCCUGAAGCGAAGCGCCUCAUCUACGACUCCGGCAAGCUUGCAAGACUGGACUCAUUGCUUCAGACGCUCAAAGCUGGGGAUCAUCGCUGCCUCAUCUACUUCCAGAUGACGCGUAUGAUGGACCUCAUGGAGGAGUACCUGAUUUUCCGACAAUACAAGUAUUUGCGACUUGACGGUUCAUCGAAGCUGGAGGAUCGUCGCGACAUGGUCAUGGAGUGGCAAACGAGACCCGACAUCUUCAUCUUCAUCUUGAGUACCCGUGCUGGCGGUUUGGGUAUCAACUUGACGGCAGCCGACACCGUCAUCUUCUAUGACCACGACUGGAACCCGUCAAACGACGCUCAGGCUAUGGAUCGUGCGCAUCGUCUUGGUCAGACGCGCCAAGUCACCGUUUACCGUCUAAUCACGAGGGGUACCAUCGACGAACGUAUCGUCCAGCUGGCUCGUGUGAAGAAAGACGUUCAAGAUAUUGUCGUCGGCAACAAGACUUUCACGGAUGUCGCGAAGCCCAACGAGAUAGUACAGCUGCUGCUGAACGAGGACCAGCUCGCGAAUCUCGAUGUCAACAGCGGCGGAGCGUCCUCCAAGGCUGCAGGGAAGCGUCCAGCUGGUGCGGAAGGCGCCUCGAUCGACCUGUGGAACGAAGAGGGCGACGAGUUCUUCGGCGGCCAGCCGACUGACCCUGGUCGCACCCUGUACCCGUAUAUCAUGGCAUCCUAUGGUUAG